AUGCUCAAACGAGGCUCCACGCAGCUUUUCGGCUCUCCAGCCCGGGUCCUCACGGCCUCGCUGAGAAACCUCAUGCUGCAAGAACAUCAGGGAAUUGCGAUUUUGCAAAACAAUGGUGUUAGGGUGCCAGACUUUGCUGUUGUUCGAUCGCCGAGUGAGGUUAGAAAAGCUUGCCAAACAGUCGGUGGCUCUGACUUUGUCGUUAAAGCUCAGGUAUUGGCCGGAGGACGAGGCAAAGGAACCUUUAAAUCUGGACUUCAAGGAGGAGUUCACAUUGUCUUUUCUCCCGAAGAAGCAGAAAAUAAGGCUGGUCAAAUGAUUGGAUCUGAACUUGUGACCCUACAGACUGGUGCUGCCGGAAAACUUUGCAAAGAAUUGAUGAUUGUGAAAAGAAUGUUUCCACGACGUGAAUACUACUUCUCGAUUGCUUUGGAUCGGAGUGCUAGCGGUCCAAUGAUUAUCGGCUCCUCAAAGGGAGGUAUGAACAUCGAAGAAGUUGCUAAAACAGAUCCCGAUGCGAUUGUCAAGAUUCCCGUUGAUGCUAAAAUCGGAGUAACACCAGAAUUGGCUAAGGAAUGUGCACACAAGAUGGGAUUCAAGGAUGAUUGUGCUCGCCAGGCUGCUGAACUUAUUCAACAACUCUACAAGUGUUUUGUAUGGAUUGCAAGUUCUUGGUUGACGACAACGCCGAAUAUCGACAGCCCGAAAUUUUUGGCCUUGCAAGAUGAAACUCAAAUGAAUCAACUUGAGGUUCGUGCUGCCAAGGCUAAUCUUAACUACAUCAAUUUGGACGGCAACAUUGGGUGCAUGGUGAAUGGUGCUGGGUUAGCCAUGGCAACGAUGGAUAUCAUCAAGCUUCACGGAGGUGAACCGGCAAACUUCCUUGAUGUUGGUGGAGGAGCAACAGUAGAACAGGUGUCAGAGGCUUUUAAAAUCAUCACCGCCGACAAGGAUAAAGUGGAUGCUAUUCUCGUGAACAUUUUUGGAGGAAUCAUGCGUUGCGACGUUAUUGCUCAAGGAAUCAUCAAAGCCGCCGAGGAACUUAAACUUAAAUUGCCGAUUGUUGUUCGGCUUCAAGGAACCAAAGUGGAAGACGCAAAGGCUUUGAUUGCCACUUCGGGCCUUAAGAUUUUGCCUUGUGACAAUUUGGAUGAGGCCGCUAAAAUGGUGGUGAAGCUUUCAAAUAUCGUGCAAUUGGCCAGGGCGGCGUCGGUGGAUGUGAAUUUUCGCAAACUUGCACCG